AUGGCACAACUGGCCCUUCGUUGCGCCGCCGUCCUAAACCUCCUCGUGCUCUUUGCCCUCCUCCCCUGCUGGGGCCCUACGCAUGUGACUGCUGAAGAUAAUGCUAGCACAGGCAACGGUGGCGGUGGCGGUAAUGGUGGACAGGAAACCUCGGCCAUGAGCCCCAUCCCACCGCCCUCCGCGAACCCAGCCGCACCUAACACCAGCUUCAGCAAGCCGCCACCACCGCCCGCAGGAUGGAUCCGAGCCCGAGCUUCAUGGUACGGCACUCCGCACCCCUUUGUGGACGUCUUUGCUCCGUCCCGUGGCGGCGGCGAGUCGGCGUUUGGCAUUUUAGAGUGGGGCGGGUGCGGCUACACGAAUGCCGACGGCUCGUUACCCUUCGACAAGUCCGAAGUCUCGUCGUACGCGGACGCCAAUCCCGACUUCCCCGGUAGUUGCGGCCGUUGCUACGAGGUCAAGUGCGUUGAUGGCAUCGUCCUGGGUCGCAACGAUGAGGCGGUUCAGUACGGCAACUGGUACUACUAUCCAGAGCACGGGAACGCUGUGGACAACUUCAACCGCUCGUUCCCCGGCAACCCUGCCGAGAAGGACGGCUAUGUGUACGUCCGCUGCUGGGACCCAAACAGGACGAUUAGAGUGCACGUCAUUGACAUCUGCCCCUGCUGGUACUCGCCCAAGGGUCAGGAGCCGUACGAGCAGCCGUCCUGCUGUUUCAAGAAUUCCACUAACCCACGCUCCGGGCAGCACGAGAUGGAUAUCUCGUUCUGGGCGUAUGAACGGUUGGCCCACCCCAUGUACCCAGAGAUGAUGCUCAACAUCAGGCCAGUGGACUGCUACAGCGGCGCCGCGCUGCAGCUUUCCCCCGGCUACAUCAACCGUGACACGCUGUACGAUAACAUGGUGACCACGGGCUGGUCCUGGUUUCCGUACUACACGCCCACCCAUAACUUCAACGUGACGGCUCCAGGGUGGGGACUGAGCGGCUCAGCAGCGGCGUGCGCCGAGGUGGCUCCUGGCGGCGGCAUGACUUGGUGGUGCCGUGGAUGCGACCGCCCCGGCUAUCAGCCCUUCUACGGAGCGACGUCAAUCACCUUCUGGCUGCGAGAUCGCUACACACCCGGCAACGUGCCGCCGCUCAAGGUGAUGGUGGCUCAGCAGGAGGAUGACAUUUAUUGCCCUGGAGAGGCAUAUCUUAACUCGGUGUCGCCUAGCGCCCGUGGCGAAGACGGCUGGAUCCAGUGGUCGCUGCCGUUCGACUCGACUUUCAAUUGCGGGAACAGGGCCAAUGAUAUGGACAAGAUCUCGUUCCAGUCUGUGGGCUCGGCAAAUACGUGGUUUUGCCUGGACGAUCUAAAAAUUGAGCAUGGCGAUAGCUAUGAUGAUAUUGUUCAAAUGAAGGAUAAGAUCCAACGACGUGACAGCUGGUUCGUAUGUAUUGGAACGUUUUGA